UUAAUAGCCCAACGUUUUCUCUCUUCCAUAUGGACAACAGCAGAAAAUUUGGAAGUGAUGAAAAGAUAGAGACAAUUGAUCUUUCCUUGAAGCUUGAUCAUGAAGAGCUAUCAAAUGAAGUCAAUUCAUCAAGAGAAUUGUCACAAUUUGAUGCAAAAAUACAAAGUAAAGAAAAAGAAUUUGGAAAGAACUCGAAAAGAGAAGAGUAUCAGUUCUCGGUGUUACAAAAGGAGAUGAACAUGAUGAAAGAGGAGAACAAGGUACUAAGGGAGGCAGUAGAGCAAACAAUGAAAGAUUAUUAUGACUUACAAAAGAAAUUCUCAAAUACUCAACAAAACAAUGGCAAGAAGGAUCCUAAAGAUUUGCUUUCACUUCAUGGAACUUACUGUAUUGAUUUUGAUAUGAAUAAGAGGACAGAUUCACCAGCAUCACAAGAAAAUGAUAUUGGAGAUGGUGAAUUAGGGUUGUCUUUGACACUAUUAAGUAGUGGUAGCAAUGCAAGCAAAGUAGAAGCAGAUGAAGAAAGAAAAGAGAAACAAGAAGAUGCCACAACCACUGGAUAUUUGCCAAUACAAAGUAGUAAUAAUUCACAUGGAAGCAACUUUGGAGGAAUUACAAGUCAAGUGAUGAAUUCUCCUCCAAAUAGAAAAGCUAGGGUUUCAAUCCGGGCAAAAUGUGAAGCUGCCACAAUGAAUGAUGGCUGCCAUUGGAGGAAAUAUGGUCAAAAAAUUGCUAAAGGAAAUCCUUGUCCUAGAGCUUAUUAUCGUUGCACUGUGGCUCCUGGAUGCCCAGUAAGAAAGCAGGUGCAAAGAUGUGUGGAGGACAUGUCAAUAUUGAUCACAACAUAUGAAGGAACACAUAACCAUCCACUUCCUGUGGCAAUGGCAUCAACAGCAGGUUCCUUCACUUUGGUGGAUUCAAGCAUUAAUCCUCUUCUUUCUAAUGGAACUUCCAACUUAUUAAACCAAACAUUUUUCCCUUCCCCAUAUCAUAUUAUCAACUCUUCUUCAUCUCCUUAUACUUCCAAUCUGAGAAACAAUCUUUAUAACCAUGAACAAUAUCCCAUUGUUAAUUCUUUUUCAAACACUUCAUUAUCUGAAGCAGCUCAAUUGGGCAAUUCUUGGUUUCCCAAACCAAGCAAUUAUGAAAGGAAUACAAUUGGCAAUAAUAUUUUUACUGCUUAUAAGCUAGCUGAUAUUAUUCAUAAUGAGAUGGGACCACAAUUUGAGGGAAAUAACAAUAAUUAUAUGUAAUUAUGGCUAAUAUUUUGGCUAAUGGAGUCCAUCUCACGUAAGCAUAAGUAUCUUUGCAAAGUGUAGACUUUGUUGGCAAUA